UGCGAAUUUUGGUUUUCUCCAUGUCAGCAAUUUGGUUCCUACCCUUCUCGUUUGCACCGAAAAGUCCUUGCAGUCAGCAGAGCAGCCUCCGCCCUAACAACCCGCCCUCAGCAGCGGGAGCUCUCCAGCGUGAAACCGCGCGUCACGUAAAAGGACACAGGUGAGGUCACGGCGACACGCACACAGCUGGACAGUCCGCGCAGUGGCCAGUAGAUACCGGGCUAGUGUCAAUACUAAUACAAACAAAGAAAAAUUAACAACAACACUGGGAGUUUUAAAUUCCUCACAUUUACAAAGGGAACUAAGGUUGCAUCACGUAUAAAAGAGAGCUCUGCGAGGAACGGCAACAUGUUCACUUGGGUGAAUAAGGAACAGGGUGGAAGGAACAAGGAGGGAGACAUGUUUCAAACAGUGACUGAAGGACUUCAGAGUCUUUAUACUAAAAAACUUCUGUCUUUGGAGGAGACCUACCUCUUCCAUGACUUCCACUCACCGGCGCUGGAGGAGGCGGACUUCCAGAGCAAGCCUAUGGUCCUUUUGGUCGGACAGUAUUCCACAGGGAAGACCACUUUCAUCAGGUAUCUUCUGGAGCAAGAUUUUCCAGGAAUGCGAAUUGGCCCUGAACCAACGACGGAUGGAUUCAUAGCUGUGAUGUACAAUGAGAACGAGGGGAUUGUUCCUGGAAAUGCCUUGGUUGUGGACCCCAAGAAACCCUUCCGUAAACUCAAUGCAUUUGGAAAUGCCUUCUUAAAUAGGUUCAUCUGCUCACAAAUGCCCAACCAAGUUCUGCAGAGCAUUAGCAUCAUUGACACGCCAGGGAUCUUGUCUGGCGAGAAGCAGCGCAUAAGCAGAG